AGGGGACCCAGAAAGGCAUCCUGGGGGAGGUGGCCCUGGGCAGGGGUCUUGGUUGGGUUGUGAGAGCUUGAGAAGCAAAGGAGGGACCCCAAAAAGCAACGUGCUCCUUGGAGCAGGCGCUGAGUCUUGUUUAUUACUUGCUUCCAGUGCCCAGAACUGGUCCUGGGGAAGGUGCAGAUGAAUGAAUGAAUAAUGAAUGAAUGAACGAACAAGUGUAGGUUUGUGUCAUUCCAGGAGGAGGGGACAGCAUGAAGGAAGGCUCAGAAAUGGGACGGUCCUCCGUCCAGGGGGACAAAGACAAAAAUAACAGUGGCUGGCAUGUAUGGAGUAUUUAUUUUGUGCCAGGCCCUGUGCUAAGUAAGAGCUACACCCCCACAGUGUUUGAGCGGCUCACCAUUAAUCUACAAAUAAAGGGCAAACCAGUGCACCUCCAAAUCUGGGACACAGCAGGACAAGUUGACUAUGACCGCCUGCGGCCCCUGUUCUACCCUGACGCCAGCAUCCUGCUCCUCUGCUUCGACGUCACCAGCCCAAACAGCUUUGACAACAUCUUUAACCGGUGGUACCCAGAGGUGAGUCACUUCUGCAAGGAGGUGCCCAUCAUCGUUGUGGGCUGCAAGACUGACCUGCGCAAAGACAGGUCGCUGGUGAAGAAGCUGCGGAAGAAUAGGUUGGAGCCCGUGACUUACCACAGGGGCCAGGAGAUGGCGAGGUCCGUGGGCGCCGUGGCCUACCUCGAGUGCUCAGCUCUGCUCCACGAAAACGUCCAUGCCGUCUUCCAGGAGGCUGCGGAGGUGGCCCUCAGCAGCCGCAGUCGCAACUUCUGGCGGCGGAUUACUCGGAGCUUUUGCGUGGUGACCUGACAGGCUUGGGGCCUUCCCUGCCCCGACAGCCCCAGCAGCACCGGAAGGAGCUGGGCGUUGGCCUUCUGCCUAGUUGGCUGGGCUGGACCCAGUCCCCAGACUGUGACCUCCGAACUGACCCUCAGACAGAUGGGCACCACCGAAGCCGGGCCCCUGACCCCGGGGCGGGGAUUCGUGGGCCGAAGCGAAACCCCUCUGAGGCCUGAGGAAGGGGGUUCCCGGGCCCGCCAGCCCUGCGGAGGGCUAGUCCUGGAGUCCCCUACAGUCACUAACACUCCCAGCUCCCAGCCCUGGACCUGCACAUCCGGGAGCAGCCGUGCGGCCUGGCGCCACCUCGCGGCUAUUCCUGGGGCUGCACCUUCAGGCAGCACCAGGUGGUCCUUGGAACCCGCCCUCCAACUCACCCCACGACCCCAUCCCCCACCAGAACUCACACCUCACCCCUUCCUGCUUCCCCCUGCCCUUCCCAGUGGUAACCGUAACAACUAAAACGACAUCGCCUGUUA